AUGUUUACUAGUGAAAAUGAAGGAAAUGACAUAGAAAUCCCCCUCUUUUGCUUAUCUUCUACUGUUUCUUUUCAAGAAAAAAGCGUCGGAGAAACUAAUAUUAUUAGACCUUCCGGAGAAAGAGUAAGUGAGGUUUUGGAAAAACUUACCGAAGGAAUGGCAGAAAGCGAUUUAAUUCUCAUUGCUCCGGUUGAUAAUUAUGAAAUUAUUCAGCAAGGAGGGGAUGAACCAGGAGAGAAAAUUAAAAAACCGGAUAAAAAUAAUCACCAAUGCCGUGUUUUUGCUGCUCCUGAAUAUACUCAAUACACAAUUUUAACUAAAAAAUGUGCUUGUGGCGGGCAACUAAAGAAAAAUAAUUGGGGAGAUGAAAUGACCAAAUGCGGAGGAAAAAAUUGUAGUAGUUAUAACGACAAUGUAAAUGGUUCAGGAAAAAUAUCUGGAAACCAGAAAAGUAAUGGUCCCUCCUUACUGAUUUCAAUGCUAAUUGGUAGCGGAGUGGGAGCGGUUAUUGUUCUCGGCUUAGCGGUUUUUAUUUGGUUUAAAAAUCGAAAAAUAGGAACUUCUCAAUUCUUUACAGCAUUCAUUGACACUGCUCCUUGA